AUGGUUGAUUCAUUGCUGCAUUCCCACAAAUACGUCAAUAUAAAAGAAACUCAAGUAGAAAUAAGAAGACUUAUCACUCCAGCUCAAAGACUGAUAAUAUCAAACGCUGGUCCUUCUGUUCCAACCACGUUAAUUGAACAAGAACUACGUAAAAUGAGUAUAAGCGCCGUCUCUAAAAUGACUUUUCUUAGGGAAACAGAAUGUCCUGACUAUGCUAAUACAAUCACUUCUAAUGCAACCACUUCUAAUACAACCAAUCUUGACUCAACCAAUUCUAAUCCACCCACUUCUAAUACAACAAAUCCUGACCCAACCAAUUCUAAUCCAACCACUUCUAAAGCUCUUCCAGAAACCUCCCAAAACACACAAUAUAUAACAAAUCUACCUUAUAACCAAACAGAACAAAAACCUUCUGACAAAGCCUUAAUAUCCACCUCUAACGAUCACCCAGCAUCUUCCCAAAAUAUAUUAGAUCAGAUCCCAGACGUACAGGUCUCUAAUAACCAAUUAGAAUCUACCAUAGAAACUGACGACAUGUCAAGACCUACAAAUAAUACAAAUGAAACAAACACUUUAAAAAUAACAACAUCAUCAACUUCCAACAAGAUCAGCAAUCUUACUCCAUUAGAAAUAACACAACCUAAAAUUAUUCCAAACGUCACAAAACAUCCAAAAAGGCUCAUCUUAUCUGUUGUUAACACGUUUAAACAACCAACAAAAGACGAAGCCAUAGUUCUUUCUAGUAUUGAAGGAACCAAAGUUCAAGAGUACAUCAUAGCCGUCGGUUCAAUAGUUGGUCCACGUAACGUAUCUUUCGCUUCCAGAAUAGCCAAUAAUAGAAUAUGUAUAUAUCUCUCUUCUAAAAAUAUGGUUGAUUCAUUGCUGCAUUCCCACAAAUACGUCAAUAUAAAAGAAACUCAAGUAGAAAUAAGAAGACUUAUCACUCCAGCUCAAAGACUGAUAAUAUCAAACGCUGGUCCUUCUGUUCCAACCACGUUAAUUGAACAAGAACUACGUAAAAUGAGUAUAAGCGCCGUCUCUAAAAUGACUUUUCUUAGGGAAACAGAAUGUCCUGACUAUGCUAAUACAAUCACUUCUAAUGCAACCACUUCUAAUACAACCAAUCUUGACUCAACCAAUUCUAAUCCACCCACUUCUAAUACAACAAAUCCUGACCCAACCAAUUCUAAUCCAACCACUUCUAAAGCUCUUCCAGAAACCUCCCAAAACACACAAUAUAUAACAAAUCUACCUUAUAACCAAACAGAACAAAAACCUUCUGACAAAGCCUUAAUAUCCACCUCUAACGAUCACCCAGCAUCUUCCCAAAAUAUAUUAGAUCAGAUCCCAGACGUACAGGUCUCUAAUAACCAAUUAGAAUCUACCAUAGAAACUGACGACAUGUCAAGACCUACAAAUAAUACAAAUGAAACAAACACUUUAAAAAUAACAACAUCAUCAACUUCCAACAAGAUCAGCAAUCUUACUCCAUUAGAAAUAACACAACCUAAAAUUAUUCCAAACGUCACAAAACAUCCAAAAAGGCUCAUCUUAUCGUCUCCAGAAAUCAACGAAAAUACCACACAGACCGAUUCUCAUAUCUUCACUUCUCCAGAACUUCCUAAAUCAAUACUUAAGAACAAUAGCGUUUCACAACCAAAAGAACUGCUUAUCUAG